AUGCAGCGGAUUAUCUUGGAUGUUGAUGCAUGCACCCUUUGUGGUCAGUGUGUACAAGCCUGCCCAUUAUCUAUUCUCGUCAUCCAGAAUAACAAGAUCUCUCUCCGUGACCCUCACAAGUGUUUCCAAUGCUUACAGUGUAUGCAGAUUUGCCCAGAAGAUUGCUUCAGCUUUCCUCCAGUGUACGAGAUUGAUACAGAUACUCAGAAUAAGAGUUAA